GCUCUCAGAUCAUCUAUGCAUUUCUCAGUGUCUCUCUGAAGUGGGUGUCUGUGACUGGAGUUUCAAAGCACACAGAAGAGAAACACCAACACCCAUGGGCCUGGGGAGUUCCCAUCCGAAGCCGUUCCCAGGAGACAUCCUGGAGUUUCCUCUGAAUAAAUACUUCUCCCAUUUUGGAAUUUAUUACGGAGAGAGGGAUGGAGUGCCCUACGUAGCACAUCUUACCUGCAGAGACUCGGAGACGAAGCUGCUGUUAUUUGGCCGAGCCCUGAAGUCAGAGGUCAAACUGGACCCAGUGGAGCUAGUGGGACGGAGAUACAAGGUGAGGAACUUGCUGGAUGAGGUCCAUCCUCCCAGGGAUUUCUACUCUCUGGUGAAGCCUGCGAUAGACGACAUGAUCGGUAGAGACGUCACCUUCGACAUCCUGUUUCAUAACUCUGAACACCAGGCCACGCUCUUCAGAUACGGACUCAAGAAGUCCACCCAGAUUGAAAAGGUCUACGCCCAGAUCCUGCCCACCUGGAAGAAGCCGUUUGAGAAGAAGUUGUUGUAACCAUGACGACGACCGUGGCUGUGUUCUAGAUUGGAACACAGUCUACAGUUUAAUUCCCUCUAGAUAUCUACUAACGAGGUACAACAAGGAGAAUCAUAACAGUAAUGUAACUCCAUAGCCAGUGUAGGAUGAUGAUAUAGGAGAAUUAAUAUUUUUACUUGAGUUUUUACGUUCAGGGUUACAUUGAACAUUGUAUUAUUUUAAUAUAUAUACACACACACAUCAAUAAAAUACAGUAAAAUA